GCGUCUCUGUGCGUUCAUGGUUUCUAUUGGCUAUCUCCCCUGUCAAUCAACAGGGGAAAAAAGUACAGCCGUUGCUGCAUGUUUUGUUGACAUCAUCCCAAACACAAUUGCAAACUUCACGACCGAAUCACUUAAAUGGCUACAGGUUACCGCAAAGCAGCUUCUUCGGCGAGCCAAAAGAAGAAGACUGUAGAUCUGACUGAGGAGCAAAAGCAAGAAAUCAAAGAGGCGUUCGAACUCUUUGACACAGAUGGCAGUGGGACCAUAGACGUGAAGGAUCUAAAGGUUGCCAUGAGAGCGCUGGGGCUUGAACCAAAGAAAGAAGAGAUCAAAAAGAUGACUGCAGAAAGUGAAAGAGCGAGCUCUGGAACGAUUGAAUUCCGUGACUUUGUCAGUAUGAUGACAGAGAAAAUGAGUGAAAUAGACUACAAAGAAGAAAUAUUGAAGGCGUUCCGGCUGUUUGAUGACGACGGCACGGGGAAAAUCUCAUUCAAAAAUCUCAAGAGAGUUACGAAGGAGCUGGGUGAGAACCUCACAGAUGAAGAAUUAAAGGACAUGAUCGACGAGGCGGACCAGGACGGUGACGGGGAGGUCAACGAGAAGGAGUUCUUGAGGAUAAUGCACAAGACCAAGCUUUACUGAACCCCCCCCCCCCCCCCCCCCCCCCCCUCCUCCUCCUCCUCCUUUUGAUUCUUUUUAACAGUUUGCGUUGUGACUUUUCUCUGUAGUUAGAAAUAAAUGUUCUGAGAUGCCGUAUUUUUUGCACCGAUUUUUUUUCUUCUACUUUUCCAGAAAAAUAAAUAUAUUUC